AUGAAUUUAGUAAAGUCUUUUAAUUAUUUUAUAAUAUUCACACAAGCAUUAUUAUUACAAUCAAAUUAUCAUGUAGAAUCACAUCGAUAUCAUAAUCAUAAAUUAAACAGAUCAAUUCCAAUUAACGAUAGCUAUAAUUUUAGUUGUAAAUCGAUAUGUGGUGAUGGAUGUAUACUUGGAUUAUCCAUGGUUAUUUUAUUUUAUUUUGGUAUCUCGCUAUUCAUCAUACGACAUUAUUAUAUAAGAAGACAAUUACGUAGGAAUGGUACGAUCAUUGUCACUACUAGUAAUAGAAUUGAUCCGGAACUUGGCGGGCAUAAAAGACGAGAUAGUGAUGAAACUGUUGUCAAUGCAUUCACUAGAGAUUAUAGUGGUGACGAAGAGUCGACAAAAUCGUUAUUAAGUACAUUUAGCACAGAACUGUUCACAAAAAAUGCACUUUCAAAUGCUCCCAUUUUUAAUCCAUUAUAUCCAACAAAAGAUUUGAUGUCAUCACUAUCAACACAAUUACCUA